GGCGGAGCCGGGCGACGGGGCGCGGGGCCAUGCUGAGCCGGCUUCAGGAGCUGCGCAAGGAGGAGGAGACACUGCUGAGGCUGAAGGCGGCCCUGCACGACCAGCUGAACCGUCUCAAGGUUGAAGAAUUGGCCCUCCAAUCAAUGAUUAAUUCUGGAAGGGGGCAUGAUGAGAUGGUGUCUUCCCAGCCUGUAGCUCAGCAGCCCGCGGAUGUCAGCUCCAUGCUGGUGCAUGUGGACAAUGAAGCAUCUAUCAACCAAACUGCACUGGAGUUGAGCACAAGGAGCCACGUGAUGGAGGAAGAGGAGGAGGAGGAGGAGGAGGAGGAGGAGGAGGAGGACUCCUAAAGAGGGAAAGGAGUCAGGGUUACACAAACGUCCAAGUCUCACUCUCUCUUUGAAGAAAUCAUCAUCUUACCAAAGGCCAUGCUUGCUUAGAAAGGAAGCCAGGGGGCCGGCGCUGUGGCGUAGCGGGUAAAGCCCCACCCCUGCAGUGCCAGCAUCCCCUAUGGGCACUGUUUCAAGUCCCAGCUGCUCCACUUCCGAUCCAGCUUUCUGCUAUGGCCUGGGAAAGCAGUGGAAGGUGGCCCAAGUCCUUGGCCCCUGCACCUAUGUGGGAGACCUGGAGGAAGCUCCCUGGCUCCUGGCUUUAGAUCGGUGCAGCUCCGGCCAUUGCCACAGCGCCAGCCCCUUCAGAAUCUUACUAAUGAGAGUGCGUGACACCGGGAAUUGCGGAUGCGGCCAUGCUGUGGCAGUGUGGUGGUGCCGGUCAGCAGGUCGGGCUCGUUCACUGAGUCGUUUCCUCUGGGGUGCUACCGAGACAUCCUGGGGUUUACAAAACAGGCAGAGUUUAAUUCAAA